AUGACAGAUGAGUUUCUGUUUCAAGACAAUAAGAACCAUACUGUCUGUAUAAAUCCAACAAAAGGAACUUUAAACGAGAAACCUAUAAAUGAACUUCUUUUGAAAGCAGAUGUUGGCAACAAAGCUGACAAAGAAUAUGUAGACGAUGCAAUAGCAAAAGAAGAAGAAAGAGCAGAUGCAACAUAUGCAACAAAAGAACAUACUCAUCCUGAACUAGCAGACAAAACAUAUGUUGACAAUAAAAUGUCAAGUGAAGUGACGAGAGCUGAAAACGAAUAUUCUAAAAAGACUCAUACACAUUCUAUAUCUGAAAUAACAGACUUACAAGAAACCUUAAACAGUAAAAGUGCCGUUGGACAUACACAUACCAUUGCAAAUAUUACAAACUUACAAGAAACCUUAAACAGGAAAAGUGCCGUUGGACAUACACAUACAUCUUCUGAAAUAACAGACUUAAACGUUAGCCUUGAAAAUAAAGCAGAUAAAACAUAUGUCAAUGAAAUAUACCAAAGUUUGCUAGGAACAAAAAAUAUUGAAACUAUUGUUGGUGACUUUUCUGUCAAUGAAGAAAACAAAUAUUUUAGAUGGCAGUUGGUACAGUCCUUAGAAAAUGGUACACG